AUUCCGAUUCUACAGAGUUGUUUCAGUUUUAUAGACGAGAAUGGAAUCUAGCAGGGGUGGCCAGAAUGGAAUUCAACUCCUUUUAGCUGCCGAGCAGGAAGCCCAACGCAUCGUCAAUGUUGCCAGGACUGCUAAACAAGCUAGAUUGAAGCAGGCCAAGGAGGAAGCUGAGAAGGAGAUAGCUGAAUUCCGUGCUUACAUGGAGGCUGAAUUUCAGAGAAAGCUUGAACAGACUAGUGGUGACUCAGGUGCUAAUGUCAAACGUCUUGAGAUUGAAACUAAUGAAAAGAUCGAACACCUGAAGACUGAAGCGUCAAGAGUCUCUGCUGAUGUUGUCCAAAUGCUUCUGAGGCACGUAACCACAGUGAAGAACUAAAAUCUUCUGUGGAUGUAGUGGGUCACGCUUAAUGUCAUUUUGCAGAAUUAUGCUCCUCCCAUUCAUGGUUCUUGUGCUUGAUCAGUCUGAUGGAUGUUCACCAUUUGUAUCGUAUGUUUGUUAUCAUUAUUUAUUGUCUUGCUCUGUUGAAUAAAGCAACUCAUUUGAGCUCCUUUCGACCUAUGUUUUGUAAACGAAAGAUCAGAAACCAAGGUUCAGCGUCUAGGCAGCAUGUCAGUUUCUUAUAUGUAUCUAGAUUCCGGGGAGUUAUGUAAUGAACUUGUCUCUGCAUGUAUUGUGUUAUAUGAAGUGAUGCAGCUGUAAA